AUGAAUGUUGAUGAAAAACAAAAACACAGGAAUAUUAAAGUGUUGUUGUUAGGGGAGUCAAGUGUUGGUAAAACAUCAAUUACUCAACGAUAUGUUGAUAACAUGUUUGAGGAUAUUUAUUUGUCAUCAGUUGGAGUUGAUUUUAAGUUUAAAGAAAUAAAAAGAGAUAAUGAAUUAAUAAGACUUCAAAUAUGGGAUACUGCUGGUCAAGAACGAUUCCAGAGUAUUGCUAAGUCUUAUUAUCGAAAUGCAGAUGCUGCGUUUAUUGUUUUUGAUAUUAACAAUGAAAGUUCUUUCAAAAAAGUUCAAUUUUGGUAUAAUGAAAUAUCACAAGAAGAGGCUUAUCAACUUGUUAUUCUUGUUGGAAACAAGUGUGAUUUAGAAAUGAAAGUAACUGAUGAAUUAGUUAAGUCUUCUUAUCCUGACUCUAUUUAUUUGAAAGUAUCAGCUAAAACAAAUGAAAAUAUUUCAUUAUUAUUCGAUACUCUAAUUAAUUGUUAUUUAAGGAUGGUAAUUCAACCAAUAGAAAAAUUAGCUGAGCCAGAAACAAUUGACAUAAUAACUUCACCUUCUUUGAAUUCCACUAAACAUUCUAAUUGUUGUUAA